CGCUGGCGUAUGGCAGCAGCUGACCAAGACGAAUGUCUAUGUAUUUAUGUCUAUGCGAAGUCAGACUCGUAAAAGAAGCCCGCGGACCUCUGACAUGAGUGUGACAUCGGAACCUCAUUUCAAUGCCAUGUUCCAUGAACGACCAGUAGCAGCCUGACACAGAUGAAGAAAAGUCUAGAAAUGAAUGAAGCAACUCCACAUUUUGGAAUUGCGACUGUUACAUAUUCUGGCCUCGCGGACGACUGAAGCUCCACGUAUUACCAACCUCUGACCUUUAUUUUGAUGCGUUUCCCCAUUGAGGAGAACAUUUUACAUGAUGAAGUUUAAGACCAACAAGACCAGGACGUACGACGGCGAAGGGUUCAAGAGACGAGCAGCUUGUUUGUGUUUCAGCAGCGAAUCCGAAGAUGAGAGUGGAUGUGUCCAAUCUGAGCUGUGCUUGAGAUGUGGCACUGGAUGGGUGACGAGGUGCUACUGGUGAGCAGCAGCCGAUACCCGGACCAAUGGAUUGUGCCAGGGGGAGGCGUGGAGCCUGAGGAGGAACCCUAUGGAGCUGCUGUCAGAGAAGUUUAUGAGGAGGCUGGGGUCAAGGCAAGGCUUGGCAGACUUCUGGGAAUUUUUGAGGACAGAAAGCACAGGACACACGUCUACAUCCUCAUUGUCACGGAGAUGCUGGAGGACUGGGAGGACUCCGUCAACAUAGGAAGGAAACGGAAGUGGUUCAAAGUUGAUGACGCCAUCAGGGUACUGCAGAGCCACAGACCUGUCCAUGCCGAAUACCUGCACAGAUUCAAGAACACCCGUAACUCCACCUGCAGCCCACUGUGUCACCCAAGUAACGGCAACGCACCGGGCUCCCAAGUGAUGGACAGCAACACACCUUCCUCACUACGUUGUUAGUGCCGCACAAACCUCUCGUCAAUUGAGAAUGAUCAAGUACUCCAUUUCAGAUUUACCUGAAACACACUGUUACCUAAAUGACUUGCAGUUUUAGACCAUGAAGUACGGACGCUAAUGACUGAUUUGAAACCCAUUUUGAGGUGGGCUUGUAGAGUGACAAAUUGUUUUUCAAUAAUGGCUACAGAUGUAUGUUUAUUUUUAUAGUGAUUAUCACCAACUGUGUGUCCCUUUAAUGCUUUUUAGAGUGUUGCGUCUGCACUUUAAAGGUCAUUUUUAUUCUUGAUUAAUAAUACAGUAUUUGAUUGUUGUUGUUGCCAGUGUUUGCUUGGUUUCCUGGUGCUCAGUACUGAGAAGUGCUACCUCUCAGAGGAAGUCAUAAUGCUCAAAGUGCCUUGUUGACAAAUUAGCAGAGUAUAUCAUGUGCUUGAAAGAAAACCAAACUAGUUUUGUGAACUGCGAAGAUACAGAGUGAAUUAAAAUAACCUAAAUUAAAUUAUAGCUAUUAAUAUUAACAUUAGAAUCACAUCUGAAUUAAGUAAAAAAUAAAAUCACUUCAAAUGCUGCGUACAAUGUAUCCCCGAAAAUGUGCAUCAUCUGACUUGGUAAUAUCUGAGUAACUAAAUAAAAAAAAUAUUUAUCAAAAUUGGAAAAAAAAAGCUUCAUGAAUUGCUUGUGAAUAAACUAUGUACCUAAUUGCCAA